GGUGAGUGUCUCCCAGGGCCGCGCGCCAGGAGCCCUAACCGGAGCCGGAGACUCGCAGCCUCUAUCCCAUGGCCGGGUCUCCCCGCCGCACCGCGGGCCGGCGACUGCAGCUGCCCCUGCUGUGCCUCCUCCUCCAGGGCGCCACCGCCAUCCUCUUUGCGGUCUUUGUCCGCUACAACCAUGAAACCGACGCUGCCCUCUGGCACUGGCGCAACCACAGUAACGCGGACAAUGAAUUUUACUUUCGCUACCCAAGCUUCCAGGAUGUGCACACCAUGAUCUUCGUGGGCUUCGGCUUCCUCAUGGUCUUCCUGCAGCGCUACGGCUUCAGCAGCGUGGGCUUCACCUUCCUCUUGGCCGCCUUUGCCCUGCAGUGGUCCACACUCGUCCAGGGGUUCUUCCACUCCUUCCACGGUGGCCACAUCCAUGUAGGCGUAGAGAGCAUGAUCAAUGCUGACUUCUGCGCUGGGGCUGUGCUUAUCUCCUUUGGUGCCAUACUGGGCAAGACUGGGCCGGCUCAGCUGCUGCUCAUGGCCCUGCUGGAGGUGGUGCUAUUUGGCCUCAACGAGUUUGUGCUCCUUAGUCUCCUCGGGGUGAAGGAUGCAGGAGGCUCCAUGACUAUUCACACUUUUGGUGCCUACUUCGGGCUGGUCCUCUCCAGGGUCCUCUAUAGGCCCCAGCUGGAGAAGAGCAAGCAUCGCCAGGGCUCCGUCUACCAUUCGGACCUCUUUGCCAUGAUUGGGACCAUCUUCCUAUGGAUCUUCUGGCCUAGUUUCAACUCUGCACCCACUACGCUGGGGGAUGGGCAGCAUCGGACGGCUCUCAACACGUACUACUCCUUGACUGCCAGCACCCUUAGCACCUUCGCCUUGUCAGCCCUUGUCGGGAGGGAUGGGCGGCUGGACAUGGUCCACGUCCAGAAUGCCGCACUGGCCGGAGGGGUUGUGGUGGGGACAUCGGCUGAAAUGAUGCUGACACCCUUUGGGGCUCUGGUAGCUGGCUUCCUGGCUGGGACCGUCUCCACACUGGGGUACAAGUUCUUCACGCCCAUCCUUGAGUCAAAACUCAAAGUCCAAGAUACAUGUGGUGUCCACAACCUCCAUGGGAUGCCUGGGGUCCUGGGAGCGCUCUUGGGGGUCCUUGUGGCUGGGCUGGCCACCCAUGAAGCUUACGGAGAUGGCCUAGAGAGCGUGUUUCCGCUCCUAGCCAAGGGCCAGCGCAGCGCGACGUCUCAGGCCAUGCACCAGCUCUUCGGACUGUUUGUCACACUGAUAUUUGCCUCUGUGGGUGGGAGCCUUGGAGGGCUCCUGCUGAGGCUGCCCUUCUUGGACUCCCCGCCAGACUCCCAGUGUUACGAGGACCAGAUUUACUGGGAGGUGCCUGGGGAGCAUGAGGACUUAGCCCAGGGACCUCUGAGGGCAGAGGAACCGGAGACUCGGGCCUAGCUUGCUUCCAGGCCUUGAAAGGAUGCUCUCCUUUUAGAAGAUGAUGGCUGGCUACCGUUGGGAAGCUUUUUUUUCUAGUUCCCAUCACUUCUGCUGCAAGAAAGAAGACAGGAGCCGGAAGGAGCCUCCUUACCAUAGGCAGCAUUGGGGGAGGGGCAGUAACUAGCGUGGGGAGGGGAGAGCCUCACACAGCCCCACCCCACCGCCCCACGCCCUGCAAGUGAGGCACCCAAGUGACUGCUGACCCACUGGACCAGCAUCACUCUGUUACAGUGAAGCCUGAGCCAGGGCCUGGCUCCCUGAGGGUGAUAAAUACCACGGUCACCGAGGA